AUGAAAAAUGAAGAUUCUACAUAUAAAGAAGAUAAGUAUUCAAAAUAUUCAAAAGAGAAUAUACAAAAAAUAUGUGCUACUCCAUAUACCGGAUCUAAUAUAGGUAACACAGUAGAAUCUGUUUAUUUUGUUAAUUAUAGAGCUGUUGUAGUAAAAACAAAACAUUAUUAUGUUACUCAAAACUCUUAUAUGCUUUUUGGUGAUGUCUUUAAAAUAUAUAAUUUAAAAGGAGAGAUAAAAAAAAUACAUGCAUUUUUUCCAGGAGAUGAAAAUAAUUUAUCGGACACAUUAAUAAUGUUAAAAACAACAAUAGUUGCUGUUACUACAUCUAAAGGAGAAGCUUUGCGUUUGGCUGAUGAAAUUAAUAUGACAUGUAAAAUAUGUCAUAAGAAAAGAAAAGCAACUAAAUUUUCUAUAGAAGGAUUUCUAAGAAAAGUUAGAUGUGACACCUGUAGAGUUAAACCACGAAGUGUAAUUUGUAAAAAUAUAAAUAACAAUAAAAAAAUAAACAAUUCAAAAAAUAACACAAAUAGUAAUAAUAAUAAUAAUAAUAUAAAUAAUAAUAUAAAUAAUAAUAAUAAUAUAAAUAAUAAUAAUAAUAAUAAUAAUAAUAAUAAUAAUAAUAAUAAUAAUAGUAAUAGUAAUAAUAGUAAUAAUAAAAAUGAUUCGUUAAAACCAGAUGAAAGUAAUAUACAGAGUAAUCAAAAUAAACAUCUUACAAAAAAUAAAAUUAUUAAAUAUGAAAAUAUAGAUGACGAAAAUAUAAAAAAUGAAAAUUUUAAAAAUAUGAAUAUCAAAAAAGUUAAUACAAAAAAUUGUAAUAUCACAAAUAGAAAGGCAAAAAAAACUGAUAAUAAUAUACAAAAUGAUAUGAAUAAUAAUCAUCUUAACAACAAUUUUGUUAAUAAUAAUAAUAAUCUUAAUAAUAAUCAUCCUAACAACAAUUUUGUUAAUAAUAAUAAUAAUCUUAAUAAUAAUCAUCCUAACAACAAUUUUGUUAAUAAUAAUCAACUUAACAACCAUCCUCUUGACAAUAGGGAUAAAAUACAAUCUCAUAAUUACAAACAUGCAAAUUCUAACUCAGUCCUUAAAUAUAAUAAUAGUAAUAAUAAUUACUCAGCUAGCCAAAAUCAAUUUUUUUUUUUCCCAGAGGAAGAAAAUAGAACUCAUUAUCUAGAGAAUGAACCCAAUAAGAGGGAUGAAAUAAUUUGCAUGAUAAUUGAACUUAUAAAAUAUAUCUCAUACAUGCAAAAGGCAUUAAUAAAAGCAUCUGAAGGAAAUUUCUUGAUUGAAAAUCCAGACAUCAAUGUAGAAAAUGUAUCGAAAUUAGUUUAUUCAGCUCAACAAUUAUGUAACAAAUUACUUAACCAAAAUAAUAUAGAAGGAGAAUAUGGGAAUAAUCAUUUGUGUGCACCUACUUCGUUGCUUCUUCACAAUAAUGAGAAGGGAAAUACAAUAAAAAGUGAUGUCAAUAUAAAUAAUAUAAGUAAUAAUAAUAAUAAUAAUAAUAAUAAUAAUAUUAAUUAUAAUAAUAACAAUAAUAUUAAUUAUAAUAAUAAUAAUGUUAAUUAUAAUAACUUUAGUAAUAAUCAACUAAAAAUCAAGUACACAAAAAUGUAUCAAGCUAAAGUCAAUCACAUAACCAGGACAAGCAAUUUGAAUUUAAAUAAUAGUAAUAAUAAUAAUAAUAAUACGGAUAUGUUUUAUAAUAUGAACAAUCAAAAUGAUAUGAGAACUACAAAUACUCACAUGACUAACCUUUCUUAUAUUAAUAGAAAUGAACAAAAUAAAAAUAAUAAUAUGAAUAAUGAUACCGAUAGCAAUAUAUAUAUAAAUAAUAAAAGCAAUGAUAAUAAUAUUAUUAAUAAUAUAAACAAUAUGAGCAUAAUGAAUAAUAUAAACAAUAUAAAUAAUAUAAAUAAUAUAAAAAAUAUAAAUAAUAUAAAUAAUAUAAAAAAUAUAAAUAAUAUAAAUAAUAUUAAUAGUAUUAAUAGUAUUAAUAAUAUGAAUCAUAUGAAUCAUAUGAAUAGUAUUAAUGGUGACAAUAAUAUUAAUGGUAACAAUAAUAUUAAUGGUAACAAUAAUAUUAAUGGUAACAAUAAUAUUAAUGGUAACAAUAAUAUUAAUGGUAGCAAUAAUAUUAAUAGUAACAAUAAUAUUAAUAGUAACAAUAAUAUACUUAAUAAUACCAAUGAAAGAAAUAAAUAUAAUAUUGAGAACGAAUAUUCAAAAAAUAUUCAAAAUAUUCAAAAUAUACAAAAUAUACAAAAUAAUCAAUCUUAUGUAAUACCAUAUUAUUAUAAUAAUCGUCAUAAUAUUAACUCUUCGACAUCUUUGGAUACUUCAACAAAUGAUCAAAAAAAUAAAUCAUAUAUAAAGGAUAAUAAAGAAUAUAUGUAUGAAAAUAAUCAGAAGGAUCAACACGAAGAUAAAAAUCAAUAUCAUGAUCACCAAGGCAAACAACAACAACAACAACAACAACAACAACAACAACAACAACAACAACAACAACAUCAACAACAUCAACAACAACAUCAUAAUAAUAAUAUAAAUCAUACAAAAAAUAAUUAUUAUAAUAAUAAACAGCAGUUCUUAUUUUCUACUUUGUCAAAACAAUAUAAUACUAAUGUCAAUAUUUCAUUCGCUAAUAUAAACAAUUCUUUAUCAAAUAUUUGUAGGAAUGUCUCUAAAAAUUAUAAUCUCAAAGAUACGGUUCUAAAUAUGGAAAAGUAA